AUGCCGCCUCUCCUUGGCCUCGCGCGGCGAGGGCUGCUGCUCCGGCGGCAUAUGUCUCUGCCAGUAAGCUCAGUGCCGCCCUCCGCACGCCGUCUAGCGUCCACGGCCCCUCCGUCCAGGUCGCCGGCCGCGGCAUCGGACACACGUCUCGUCUACCUCGCCGUCGGCGUCGCGCUUGGCGGCGCCGCAGCGGCAGGUGUCGUUGCCGCCGUCAGCCGCCCCGUCGAGCAAGAGGGUGUGGCUGCGGAAGUGCCGCCGCCGCCAAGGUGGAGGGCGACGGAGUCCCGCGUUGCCAAGUCUGCUCGUAGAUAUGCCGAUAGGCAGACCACACUCCAGGCCGUCGCAGAGAUCCGCAGGGCUAUCGGCGACGAUGCAGUCAGCACCGACGACGGCGACCUCGAGGAGCAUGGCCACUCGGAAUGGUCCACGUCCAACACGGACGUCCGCCCCGUCGCCGUCGUCCGUCCGGCCUCGACAGAGCAGGUCUCGGCCGUCGCCCGCAUCUGCUCUCGCUACAGAGUGCCCAUGGUGCCCUACGGCGCAGGCUCCAGCGUCGAGGGCAACUUCAGCGCCCCCUUCUCCGGCGUCUGCGUCGACCUGUCCGCCAUGGACCGCAUCGUCGCCUUCCACCCCGACGACAUGGACGUGGUGGUCGAGGCGGGCCUCAAUUGGACGCGCCUUAACGAGACCAUCAAGUCCUCUGGCCUAUUCUUACCGCUGGAUCCCAGCCCAACCGCCCUCGUUGGCGGCAUGGUUGCGACCAACUGCAGCGGCACCAAUGCUACCAAAUAUGGCACCAUGAAGGACUACGUCGUCAAUCUAACAGUUGUGUUGGCCGACGGCACCGUCGUUCGGACUAGAAACCGGCCUCGGAAAACGUCGGCUGGCUACAACCUCAACGGCCUGUUUGCCGGCUCCGAGGGCACCCUGGGCAUCAUCACCCAGGUCACGCUCAAGCUGGCCAUUGUGCCGCCCGCCUUCAGCGUCGCCACGUCCACCUUUGCCACCGUCAGAGAGGCCGCGGAUGCCGCCUCCGCCAUGGUGCGCGGGGGCGUGCCCGUUGCCGCCCUCGAGUUGAUGGACGACGUGCAGAUGAAGGUCGUCAACAAGAACGGCGGCGCGGGCGGACGCAUGUGGGACGAGCUGCCCACCCUGUUCAUAAAAUUCUCGGGCACGGAGAACACAAUCAAGGACAGUGUCCUCCAGGCUCGCAAGGUCGCCGAGUCGCACAAGUGCCGGUCCUUUGAGUCUGCCGACACCGCCGAGCAGAUGGACUCGCUCUGGUCGGCGAGAAAGCAGGCACUGUGGGCAUCCCUAGCCAUAAGACCCGAGGGGACGCAGAUCUGGUCUACCGACGUUGCCGUUCCGCUCUCACGGCUGGGCGACAUUAUCGAGAGUUCAAGAGAAAAUGCAUCCAGGCUAGGGCUCUUCAACAGCAUAUUGGGGCACGUGGGCGAUGGCAAUUUCCACCAAAUGAUCAUGUACAACCCCGCCGAUGCGCCACAAACGAGAGCCGUCGGCGACUGCGUGAACGCCAUGGUGGACAAGGCGCUCGAGCUGGAGGGCACCGUUUCGGGUGAACACGGCAUAGGCCUGGGCAAAAAGCACUGCCUUGCCAAAGAGCUUGACCCUUCCACGAUUGGUGUGAUGAAAGCUCUCAAGGAAGCGCUUGACCCUCAUUGGCUGCUUAACCCAGGCAAGGUAUUCGACGAGUGA